AUGCCACGAUGGAAGCGCAAAGAGAAACCCUUGACCAGCGCGACUGGCCCACAAAUUUUAUCGACAACAGCAGGCGAGACCGGACGGAGCAAAUCUGAACCUCACUCGAUCGCCCUUACCUCUCUUCGAGCAGUCUCCGGUGAGAUCUACAAUGCAGCCGAAGCGCAGAGACUCGCCAAGCAGCACGCCGAGUUUGGUCCCCUUGGCGAUCCGUCGCAUCUCUACGUGAGCAAACACAGCGGGGGCGAAAUCCCCGACCCGAUCCUCGACGAGCCGCCAUACUUUACCGCUCUCACGACCUACAUCAGCUUCCUCGUUUUGAUCUUCCUCGGCCACUUCCAUGACUUUUGCGACAAGUACUUCCGAUCUCACACAUACAAGCACCUCCGCCCGCAAAAUGGCUAUGCAUCGCUGUACAGCGAUUUCGAGAGCUUCUAUACACGACGCAUGAAGCGGCGGAUCAAUGACUGUUUCGAGCGACCGACCACCGGGGUUCCAGGGAGAUAUAUCACUUUGUUGGAUCAGCAAUCGGAUGACAAACUCCAUUUCCGGCUCACAGGGACGACCACGGACACUUUGAACCUUAGCUCGUACAACUAUCUUGGAUUUGCGCAGUCCGAGGGUCCCUGUUCCGAUCUCGCCGAAGAAACUAUUCGUCAAAAUGGAAUCACUAUGGCCGGCUCUGUUGCCGAACCCGGCACACCACAGCUUCAUGCCGAGGUCGAGCAACAAGUGGCGCGGUUCGUGGGCAAGGAGGAUGCGAUUGUCUUUUCCAUGGGCUUUGUUACCAAUGCCACGAUUUUCCCUGCCCUCAUGGAUAAGGGAUGCUUGAUCCUCUCGGAUGAACUCAAUCAUGCGUCCAUUCGCUUCGGGGCACGUCUCUCGGGAGCUGCCAUCCAGGUCUUUGCGCAUAACAACAUGGCGGAUCUGGAGAGACGACUUUGA